AAAUGAAGGGUAAUGUGAUAGGUUGUGCCGUUUGCAUCUUAUUUGCAAUUGUAUAUAUUGAAACCGCAACUGAUCAGGAGUUCCAAGCGUUAUUGAUCAGGUUUUCUGUGCUGGAAGAAAAACAAGCUAUUUCCGAUAAACGAAUUGGUGCUCUCGAAAAAGAAAUUGUGUCGUCCGAGAAAAGAAUUGCUGAUCUAGAAGCAUACACGACACUGUCUGAGAGAAGAGUUACUAUGCUCAAAAGGGAAAAUGUACGAUCUAACCACAGAAUUGAUGCACUUGAAAAAAUCAACCAGCUUUAUUUGAAUACAAUAAUUGCGCUUGAGAAGUCUCUGUCUGACAAAACACUUGUAGCGGGGAAAGAGGCAAAACACCGUCUGACAGAAAUAUCGACACGUCCGAAAAGAUCAUGAGGGUGCAUGAAAAAGGAAUCGAUACGUUUGAAAAGGAUAUUAACUUGUCUGUUAACAAGAACGUUCAUGAUGAAAGAAAAGCUGCUUUGUUUGAAAAGAAACUCCGCUCAACUGCUCUACAGCCAGUUGUUGCUUUUUCUGCAAUGAAAAACGCCCCCCAAGAACAUGUCGGUCUUAAUCAGAACAUCAUCUUUGACAAAGUCAUUACAAACGAAGGAGGCGGAUACGAUGCCUUACACGGCGUCUUCAUAGCCCCACAAUCCGGCUAUUACGUAUUUUCAUCUACAGCUUUGACCACCGUUAACGGAGAGAUACAUACCGCUAUGGUUCACAACGCAAACAUCAUUGCAUACAUCUACGGUCAUGGUGACAAUGGAAGGCACGACCAAGGAAGUCAGACUGUUGUUACGUGGCUGAAUGUUGGCGAUGAAGUAGAUGUUCAAAAUAAAGACUACACAGAUACCAGUAUUUUUGGAUCUCUGUAUUCGUCCUUCAGUGGCUAUUUAUUUUGACCACAGUUAAAUGUCCCCUGUCUAUAAUGACAAAACCAGAAAUAUUUUCUUAUUUAUUGACAUUUAUUUCU